UAGCUGCUUUGCGCGGUACCGCCAGUGGCUGGUCCCAAAGGCCCCUCUGCCAUUCUAUUCAUUGCUCUCUUUCUCUUCUUUGCCCACGUCCUUUGGGCACUUGGCCCCUAACCUACCCCAGGUCAAUGUCUGGGACGAGACUGCCUGCUGUCCGAAUCCCGUCAGUCAUUGCUGGUCAGAGUGGUUCUCAGGAUGUCUCUCAAGAGUCCAUCGUAGUUGAACUCCCCUCCUCAAGCAAGUUUGCAAUCGCAUGGCCAGCAGAAUCGUCUGCACACGUAUCGCUACCCUUGGCGGAGCGUCCUGUCACUCUGAGCUCUUCUGAAGGUGAGGCCGAAGUCUCUGAGGACGAGCAUGAGGAGGAGCAUGACAUUCCAACAAGGAGGGCCUCGCGACUGAGUAAUUCUGACGCUGAUUUUGCAACUCCAACAAACCAUUUGGAUGACCACAACCCAAUGGAUGAUGUCCCUCCUCAGCCGCCUCCUCUCCCCAGGUUGUCUCGAGCUUUCUCCAUGCCGUUGCCUUCUCAGCUAGGGUCCCUGCAGCAUCCAGGGAGGACACCCCCCUCUUCUGAGUCAGACACACCUUCGGUAUCUGAAGUGCCACCAGAGCUUGGACACUUUCAGGAUCUAUCUCUGGAACUGGCAGACUCAGUGCAGAUGGUCAUCCAGACGCUACUUCAGCUCUCCCCACCGCAGGUUCUCGAUCCCGCCAAGGAGCAGUUCUCCGCUUGUUCUCUCUCCAUUCCAACCCCUUCUAUAUCCGCAAUGUUUACUUCCAUGAAGAACCUGAAUUACAUGUCCGCGAACAUGUCUGCCUUUACAACAGAUCCUGAGACACCUCUUGCGGACGCUAUGAGAGCCAACGCGUCUGUCCAAGCUCAGCAUGAUUUUGACGUUGGGGAAAUGCUACAAAGCGUUGGGGACGCGUUAAGUGGUGUUGCGGCUCAAGCUGGCAUCGACCUGGUGCUAUUUCAUGGUGACGUUGGAAUGAAGCAUGUCGCUGUCAGAGGGGAUGAGAGUGGCAUAUCGUAUACGCUAGCGCAUGUUGUACGACAAGUCAUCGCUACAUGCCAACCCAGUGACGUGAUCGAACUCGGACUUUUCAUUGAGUCCGUCCGCGAGGAUCAGGACCCUGAAGCUGUUCGAUCUACACCUUCUCCAGAUCCUGGCGGCUACCUUCGCUGUAUAUUCUACAUCGCUCACAAGUUCGGCACGGGUCAAAGUGGCGAUAUCACCGCAAACAGAACGCAGCCACAUUUCAGCAGUCUGAUUCUACGACGUCUACUGCGACACAUCGGAGGAGCGGUCUUGGAUGUUGAGGCAAAUCCUCGAGAUACUUUCGUCGGGCGUUCAUACGAAAUGUCCAUCGUCCUUGAACCUGGCGAGUUGACAGUGCUGAAUCCUCCAGGAUUGAUCACUCCGGAGGAAGCUGCACUUGUGGGUUAUCCUGAAUAUCGGAUUGCUCAAGAACCUACCUUGGAGGAGCUCAAUCAAUUCACGGAGUCAUUGAGAGGCAAGAAAGUCACCCUUCACGCCAGUUCCAGGGGUUCGUUUGCACAUCAUCUGUCCAGUUAUCUCACUGCAUGGGGGAUGGAUGUGAGCCAUAUGUCUCCAGAAACCGACGCGGAGGACCAGCCGCAGGAACGCACUGAGGUCAUUAUCGAUCCUUCUGCCAUGACCUCUGGGAGUACGAGCAAUCAAGACUCAAGUGCAUCCACCACAUCCACUGGAACUAGCACUCGCUCCUCGAAUCCAUUCACGUUCAUUCUAAUUGAUGAUGACGUGAAGGUCCUGCGAAGUCGUCUGGAAAAGAUUAGAACAGAACAAGGUUACCCUCUCCAUCUACAAGGUCGGAAACGUCCCUCACUUGCUACAAACCAUCGUCCACGAUCCUCUCCCCAAGUAGCUCGCGUCAUGGGCUUAGCUCCUGCCUCUUCUCUUCCCCCUGCACAUGUGGUCAUUGUGCACUUCACCAGCCUGGCCAACUUCAAGUUGGUGAAAGAUGCUCUGCAAUCGUCGUUAGCAUACACGAAUGGAAUAGCUUCAAGGAUGCCGGAAGUCAUCGUGAUACCCAAACCUGCUGGUCCCCGACGAUUCUUGACUGCUCUUCACACAGCAGUGACUAAACCAGUUGUUGACCCGUUCUUCGUUCCCAUCGCCACAUCCCCUCUCAGCCCGGGUGUGCAUGGUAUAUCCCCACUGUUCAACGUGACAAACGCUCCAAGGUCUCCAAGUGGUCGGUCGUCUGGGAGCCCACGAACCGCUUCCGAUAGAUCUACAAGGUCUCCGAAAGAGCAUCCAGAAGCUCAUCCCCAUGGACCUUCAUCGCCGCUAGCUAAUCAUGACGGCAUGGAAUAUUUCUCGGAUGCUGUAGCCAAGCUGGGCGCUUCACCAUCCACAGGACUAAUGAUUCAGAGUCCUGACGGUCAGCCCGCGGGCAUUUUCUUCCAUCCUAAAGCUAGGGGUAUUUCGUCAACAAUGACUACUCCUAGUCCCCGCAUGGAGCGAGAUUCACAGAAUGAUGCCAAUCGUAACCGUAACGCUUCAUUCCGCUUACCGUCUGAAGAGAACAAGAGUGGUUUUAGUUUUGCGCAGGGAAUAGCAGAUAUGACACGACCUAGUCCCAGACCUACCGUCAAUACGCCAGAUAGCGGCGAGUCAGCAUCCUCGGGGACACUGAAAGGAAAGUCUAUACAGGUGUCUGCUGCUGCUAGCGAUGGCUUGCCGUCUGCUAGCAGUGACCAGAGCAUUGCGGCUUCAGAGCAAGCAAUCGAUCAGAGUAACUCUCGGCUUCAUAGACGGUCAAGUCAGACUAGUCCGCCGAGUUCCCCGCAGGGUCGCUCGCCUGGAGGACAAACAGCUUUGUCGAGAAGACUUUCGAGAAAGCCUCACCCUGAUAGUCGUGCGACAGAGAAAAAGAAAGGAGCUGGGGAAGGGAAUAUCGUCCCCCCUAUUAGCGUACUCAUCGUCGACGAUAAUCCCAUCAACCAGACCAUUCUUUCAACGUUCAUGAAGAAGAAAAAGAUCAAAUACGAUGUCGCGAAGAACGGUGAAGAGGCCGUACAAAAGUGGAAGUCUGGCGCCUUCCACCUGAUUCUGAUGGAUAUCCAAAUGCCUGUCAUGGAUGGCAUUCAAGCCACGAAAGAGAUCAGGCGGAUAGAAAAGCAGAACGGCGCUGUUGGAUUCCCCACUACACCACAAUCGGACGGCCAACAGACACCCUCAGAUACCUCGACUUCGGAUUCCCGUUCUACCAUGACACCCUAUCGAUCUUCUGUCAUUAUCGUCGCAUUGACAGCAUCGUCUCUUCAAACUGAUCGAGUAGCUGCACUCGCAGCGGGUUGCAAUGAUUUCCUGACGAAACCCGUGUCACUGCAAUGGUUGAACAGCAAGAUCAUCGAAUGGGGUUCGAUCAAGGCUUUGCAGAUGUGGGCAGAUAUUCGACCUGAAGUGGUGAAGAGCAUCUCGACGGGUCAGGAUGCACAGGCCCGACAUGUGGCUCGUCGGCUUCAUGUACCAGAGGGCAAAUGUACUCCGACUGGGAUGCGCAGCCGUUCGACGUCAGCUUCGCAGAGGACGGUUGGCCCUGAAACUCCGAGGAUGGUCAGAGGGCUUGCUGCGGCUGAGAAAAUCUCCACUGUCGUCACUCCACCUUCUGAUGAGUCUCCUGCCGUUCCGACUAGUUCUUUGGCCGAAACAGCUGGCAAAGAUCCGAUUGAGGAUGUGAAGACUGCACAACCAGACGCCUCCACGGCGGCGCCAGGACCUAUAGGUGAUGAUACUUCGGAUGAGAUAACGCCAAAGCCUAGUGUUGCUGCUCAGUUUGAGGCGACGUCGACAGAUCUGGCCCCUGCAUUCGAAGAAGCACCUUCUGGUCCUCCACCGUCUGAUAAGGACUCUAAGCAAGAUCCACCUGAACCACAAUGACGGUUUGGGGCGACCUUUGGGAUGCUUGCCUGGCUAGCACUUCCACUCCUGUUACCCUUGAUCCCAAGGGUCGCCGGGUUCUUCCGCAAGUUAUUUUGAUUUCGGGUUUUAUGGGUUCCUUCACCUCAACCACUCAUCUUGCAUUGCAUGUUUGGGGCAUAUGGACGGUUUUUCACUUCUUGGGUCUUGGGGCUUUUACUGACAGUCACCGUUUGCAUCUACUGUUAUUCACGUUUCGCAGAAGUGUAUCGAUCCACUAUACUCUAACAUACCUCUCUCUUCUGUUCUUGCUCUGCUUCUCAUCUCAUGCACGCAUUAUUUCCUCCACUCUUUCAUCCUCUCUCUAUCUCCUCGUCGAAGUUGUAGUCAUAGCUGUGUGCUUUCCGGGCUCGUUGAAUGUCGCAUCCACCGUAGAUAUACAAUAUAUCACAUACACGAUUGAUAUAUUUUUAGUCUAGUGUUAUGUUCUCGUUAAUGCCUCAAAUUUGACUGGGAUGCAUCUGCGUUCU